AUCUAAGCAAGGUCGCUUAUCCAACAAUAGCCUCUUGGCGGGUUUUCGAGUUCUCUGUAGUGAGAUGAUAUCCUUGUAUUGACAGCGUCCAUUUAGUUACUAAACUAGAUAUGUCUGUGCUGAGCGACACUUUGCAUGCUGCAAAUGGGAACGAAGAAACAGUAUCGAAAGUAGAUAUGUGUCCUCGCAGACUUUCAAGAGUUUCGCGCUUGAGGGAUAUGUUCCAAACUGGUGUUGUAAAGCCAAUUGACGAUACUGAAGAUGGAUUUGAUGUAGAAAGUUCAGUGUUUUCAGCAUACACCUGUCCUGAUUUUGAAAGGUUUUCAAGAGCCUUUCCGGGGUCCCCACCUAUGAAAACUCUGCGCAAUCAUCGAAUAAGUCUAAACAAGAAUGAAUCGACUCAACAUAAUGUUACGUCAUCCAGAUCAGUUGAUGGAGGUUUCUCUAUACCGGAAUCACUUUCUCCUCUUAAAUCUCCACCCACAAGACCUCCUAAGCCUCGUCAUAUAUCUCUGUCGAAACCUGCCGUUCUUGAAGAGGUGAAACUAAAACCGAUUUCUCCAAAAAUCGCUACCGAAAAUGCAUCUUGUAAUAGCGUUGCAGAACCGGUGGACAUUUCCAACUAUUCGAUUACUAGCGUUGGUAAUAGCAUAGAUAAUCAACCAUCGACAGUCAAAGUAAAUGGAAGUUCGUUAAAUUCAACUACCAUUCGAAAUUCAACUCCUGUAACUAUUAUCAAAGCAGGACCGCAACAAACAUCCAAAGAUCCCGUUGAAUGUUUUUCUUAUGCUUCCAUAACUCCUUUAUAUUCGUCUAACAAGAUUGAGAAGGGGACUGAAAAUGAUGUAAAUAAUGCUAUAAAUAAUAAUGCUCAUCGCCAAUCCUACGAAACAGCCAUUCAACCCUCCGAAGAUUUAAACUCACAAUCAACUCAUUCCAUAUGCAAUUCUUCUGUUGAUCAUCAAUGUACAAUAUCAAAUUCUUCGGAUGUCCAGGAUUUUGUUAUUCGACCUGAAGCAUUUCACAAGUCUCUAUUUCCUGAAAUUGUAUAUAAAGAUAACAUUGAUGAUCUUCCUGUACUACAACAUGCUGAACCUGUUGCAGUAAAUGCUGAAGAUGAUGAUGAUGGCUUAGAUGAAAAUAUUGACAAUACUGAAAACUCUUUUGAAAUUGUUAUUAGUUCAUCUCAGUGUAAUACAUCAUUUAAUCCACUGAUCACUUUACCUGUUCCGAAAGGAUUAAAUGUUGUGGCUGUUGAUGACGAUGGAGUUCAUAUUUUUGAAGAUGGUAACUUUCUGUACGCUCUUCCUGGCUUAACUGAUAAGUAUUCAGAUGAUUCAGAUUUUUAUGACUCACGUGAGGAUGUUACCAAUAUUUCCGACUUAAUAUCUCCUUCAUAUCCUGCUGAACAAGUAAACGAUGAAGAAAAUGUUAAAACAAAUAUGGACAAAAUCCUUUCAGUAUCUUCAUCAUCUAAUUCACCAAAAUCAAUAACUACAAGGAAAUUAGUCAAUAAACGUUCAGGUAGCAGUGAUAGUCUAGUCAAACAACCGAGAGUUCGAUUUAGUUCUGAACCAAUCUUGGUGUUCAGUACUCAUUCCACUACAGAUUAUAAUCGUAGAAAUGAAGAAAUAGAUCCAUUGUCUGCUUCAGCAGAAUAUGAAUUAGAAAAACAUCUUGAAGAUAUGGAUAUGUUUGAAAUCGAUUUCCGUAAAGGUGUAAAUGGUCUCGGUAUUAGCAUAGUUGGUUCCGGUGUUGAUACUUCAUCUGGUGAACAGAAAUUAAGCAUAUUCAUUAAAUCAUUUACUCCUGGAGGUGCUGCAGAGGCUGAUGGUCGUAUUCAAGUGUACGAUCAAAUUGUUCAAGUAGAUGGCCAUAGUUUGGUUGGUGUCUCUCAACAAUUCGCAGCUCAAGUACUCCAAAAUACUGGGGAAAUCAUUCAUUUUGUUCUCGCCAGAGAAAAAGAUCCACCCAACUCUCGCAUAGCAAAGAUAUUGACAGAAAAACAACAAGAGGAAGACGAAGAGAAUAAUAAGGAAGGAGAGGAAAAGGCGGUUGAGAAAGAGUCAAAGUUGAAUAAUAAUUCAUCUGAUAAAUAUCAAGAGGUCGUGUCUACUCAGACCGAUAAUCCUGUAAACUUAUCAGGCGGUGAUUCUACCGAAGCUUUACAUAAUUUGAUUGCUGUAGCUACACGAUCAUUGAAAGAAGCUAAACAAUGGAACAAGGAUGAUGAUGCGGAGGAGGAGGACGAGGAUGUGAUAGCUGUUGAUGAAAGUAGUGUAGAUUAUGAUAUGGAAUAUCUUAGUGUUAAUAAUAAUGAUACACACGAUUCAUCACCUGUAAACAGUCUUUUUCAACAGUUUAGAAAAUCUUCAAAUGGUAGUGAUAAUGUAAAAUCAUUAAAUGGUUAUUCCACUGGCUUAAAUUAUCAACAAUCUAGCCCUCGAUCAGCAUUAAAAGGUACAGCAACUGCAGCAUCGACUCGUCGACGUAACGAAGCUAUCAUGGAGUAUAUUCGUCAAGCUGUACUUAUCCAAGAUAAUGUAUAUUUACCAACUGAUCUAAUUAAUAAAGAUGACUACACUAAUAAAAGUCAAAAUUCAGAUAUAGCUACAGACUGUGUUAGUACAGUGUCUUGGGCACUAGCCAGUGAAUUGCAUGAUCAUAGAAUUCAGCUACGAAAAUUCCAAUCACGUAUUCGAAAUCUAGAACAACGUUUGACUGCUCAAGAAGCUGCAGCGGAUGAAGCGAUAGAAAGACUUUGUCUACGUUGUCGUCAUUUGGAAUUAGAGCUUAAACAAUCACAACAAAAAUGUUCACAACUAAUCAUGUCACCAAAACAGCAGAAUAUCUCAAACUCUAAUAACUACUCUCCUGGAGCUAAUAACUUAUGUAAUCCAAUAUAUCAUUCAUCACUGUUGAAUGCCUCAACGUACAAAGAUGAUGAUGGAGUGGUGGUGUCUAGAGAAAAUCCUGAUGUUGUAUUGAAGAAAUGUUUUGGUUUAACGGAUACUGAUGAAUCUAUAGUUUCAAUUCCAAAUCAUGUAAGUCCCAAGGUGUCGGUGUAUGGACCUUACUCUUCUGAUGAUCAAGAUAAAGCUGAAGUGAACGGUUCUACUGAUAACCCUGUGAAUGUUGUACAUGAUGGUUAUUCAACUACCGUAGAAGUACCAUUAUUUGUUAGACAAAUGGAAGAUCGAACUCGAAUUGUCAGUUCAGGUGGUUUAGCUCGUCGACGUCCACCUACAAAAAUUGUUAUAAAUUCACCGUUCUCCUCAUUGCAUGGACCCUUUGCUACUUCAUUAUCUGAACCUCAAGUGCCAUCGGUUACAAAUCCCUUUAGUAAGUUUCAUCGUUAUAAUUGAAAUUAUUUUUUCAAUUAGUAGUGGUUUUUCUUUAGAUGAUACAUUCCAUAGUCUAAUGUCAAUGAACUGACUGUAAGGGGAUAUUUAUCAGACACCAAUAUGGAUGUUUUUAUGUAAUGACUUAUGUGUGAACACAAAUGUUUAAAGUAAUAUGCUUCUUCUCGGCUAAAUUUCUGUUUUAAUUGUAAGUUAAUCACUAUCUCAAGAGGUAAUUCAUAACUAAAAAUCCUGAUUACAAUCUCUUUACCUCCAUGUGUACCAUUUCGAAUUUUGUUAACGUCCUAAGCUUUGACUAGCAAGGUUAGAUUUGAACUUUAGCCUCGAGAAGUCUAAACUACCGAUCCUUUUUAAAGUAUGAUCUUAUUUUAGCUCAGUUUUCAGUCCGAUAGAACACUGCAAUCUUCAGUGCAGUAGUAGUGUUGUAGUGAAGGAACACUCAGGUAUGGAUGACCAAUUUAUUGUUUAUUGAACAAUCAUACAUUGGUUUAGUAAAAUAUGAAAAUCAUACAUCAUUUACACAUCUUUGAAUUGCCUCUUACAAGCUUGAUAGUCCCUUCAUUCCUGUUUUUAUCUGGAUUGCUUUCGAUUUCCUUCUCCGUUUCAUUUCGAUCUUCUCAACCUUCUCACAGACGUUUCGCUCUUAAUUGGUGUCACAUACUGCUUAUGUCUGUCAACAUAAGUAGCAUGCACCACAAUAUUAUAUUUAUCUCAAACACUCAUUAGUUUAUAUACAUGAAUUAUCAGACCACAAUACAGUGUGAAAUACUUGUCCCGUUAUAACAGUUUCCCCAAACAAUGAAUACGAAAUUGUUGCUUUCAUAUAUCGUUGCUUAAUCGGCAUUUGAAUACUGAAAAACGGUUAAAUAUUUUUAUUAUUUGUAUCCUUUAAUAAGUCCACGCUCUGAUUAAAUUGUCUUUUUAGAUUCUAAUAACUAUGAUUUUUGCUUGAAUAAAUCAUCAAAUGUUAUAUGUAAUACAUCUCAACCUCCACGUCCUGUUCCUCCACAUUCAUUUAUGUUCCAUCGUUCCUCUUCAAAUGAAAAACAAGCUCCUUCACGUCAGUCGGAAUUAACAUCUGCCAGUUUAGUAGAUUCAAAAGGCAGUUCAACAAAAACGACACUUUCACGUAAACCAGUAGGUGGUUAUCAACUACCAGGACUUUCAGAUAACUCGUUUUCCACUGUUCUUCGACGUACUAAUAUUUGUACAGAUCUGUCAAAAUCUUUAAAUUCACAAGAAUCUGAACCCUAAACACGUCCUCCAUUUAUUUAAAGAUUGUUGGUAAUUACUUCUUUCAGUCAUUGAAGAAGACUUCUAAAGUGUACUUAUGUAAUGCGCGAAUCGAUAAAAAAAUAUCUAAAUUAACUGAUGUUGUUAGGUAAUCCUUUCUUUUUUCUACCAUUAUUAUUAUUCACUUUUUGUAAAGUCGAUUAAACCUUUUUUUAAAAAUAAAACCCAAUACUACCAUGCAAAUCCUUAUAAAAAUUCUUAUUUUAAUUAUGAAUAUACUAGUGUUACCACUCUUAACAAUGAUAUUUUCAAUCAGUCAGGGAACAACUUAGUAGUGGUUAUAAAGUUAACAUAAAAUUUGUAUAUUUUCAUAUUUUAUUACAUAAUUGUGUAUUGUUAUUGUCACUCUUAUUACUAUUACUGCUACUACUUCUAAUAACAUCUGUAAGUUAGAAAAUAUAAAUCAAUUGGUUUUGUUCUCUUCUAUCGAUACACUGAUUAGUUAUUUCUCAAUGCUUCUGUUAUAUUGUUUUCGAGUCAUCUGUUCAUGUGAAAUGUUUUCCUCUUUUUUGUUAGUAUUAUUACUACUAUAUUAUAUAACGCAUUUAACUAAACGCUGAAAUGUUCACUUACUUAAGUUAUUUUGUUAACUCAAUUAAAAACAAAUGAUGAUGGGUUUUUUCUCGAUUUGUUAUUAUUACACUUUUCUUUGAUACUCUGUUACUCUUUCUUCUUCUUUUUAUACAGUUUCAAUGGUAGUAUACGUUUAUUUUGGGAAUACCGUUUUUUAUUGUAUACGUUGAAAUCGCACUCAUAUCAUGGGCUUCAAUGUAUUUCUGUAUAAUGAGAAAAAAAGUAUUUUUCAGUUGGGUAGUUUCUCACAUUGGCAUCGAUUUACCGAUGUAAUCGAAUAAGUUGCAAAAGACGUGAAGCUCUUCCUUAUUUGACAUUUCAUUAUUUCAUUAACAUCUUGACCACAAAAAUAUUUGUUCAGUCGGUUUAAAAUAUUAAUAAACUUGAUAUCAAGUUUUGUAACUGUCUCAACUGUAAACAACAAUCUCUGUUACUGAGGAACUAUGGGGCGAUUGGUUUUCUUGUCGUUUAUUGGAUAAAUCAACUUUAUUCAGCCCUUAAAUCAUUGGGUAUAUUGUUAACCUUCAUACUGUUUUGAAAUGUAAGUUAUAGCAAUAAACCUGAGUCCUAAUUUCAAACAUGGAGGUUUUAGCAAUAUAUAGUAUUUUUUGUUAGAAACAGUAGAAUCUGAUUUGCUCGGAGUAUUUUCCAAAAUUGAAAUAACUUCUAAUGUGAACAGCUCCAAAGUGUACACUUAUAUUUUUAUUAAUUCCGGGAAUAAGAUUACCGUUUGUCGGUCUAGUAGAAAGUGUUACUAAAAAAAAUGAUAAUCUGAUUCUAUAAUUAAAUAUCUUUAAUUAAU